AUGUUGUCAACCAGAGUUCUCUUCCUCUGCCUUCUGCAGUUCGUUGCAGGUAUCCUGGCCGUGGAUCCGGAGGAUGUAUAUGAUGGAGGAUACGAUUCGAAGCACUCACCCGUGCAAUUGAGGAUCGGCAAUGGAGGAGCAGGUCAAAGUGGUCUAGUAAAAGAGCUCGCGGAUGCCUUCAUCAAAUCAAAAGUUGACAGCGGAUCGGCUCCGUUCAAGGUUGCUUGGUAUAAGAGCGAUACCACUGUGACUAUCAACUACCUCAAGGACGGAAUUGUCGAUGUCGGCAUCACUUACAGCCCCGUGGCCGAACGUAUCUCGAUCAAGCACGGAAUCGCCGAGUCCCCAAGCUACUAUGCUUUCCGGGACCAUUUCAUGCUCAUCGGACCACCCUCCAACCCGGCGAAGCUCUCAGGGGACAGCGACAUUGCUGAUAUGUUCUCGAAGAUGCAUGACGCCGCUGAAGCUGGAAAUACUAAACCUCCCGUUCGGUUCUUAAGUCGCUACGAUAAAUCGGCGACGAACAUCAAGGAGGCUGAGCUCUGGCUUAGCAUUGGGCAGGUCCCCUGGGCCACCGCCUACUCAACCUGGUAUCACCAGUACAUCACCUUUCCCAUCCAGGCCCUCACCGCCGCCAUUCUGCUUAGGGAAUACACCAUCACCGAUUACGGGACGUACCUCUCCAUCCCCCGUGGCCUGCGUGACCAGAUGGUCAUUUAUAAAAAGGGCACCAAUGACGCGGAUGAUCCACUACUGAACCCUGCACAUUUGUUGGUCGGGGCUCGUGCGAAAAAUGCUGAGAUGGCAAAGGAGUUUGCGAAGUGGUUGGUGAGCAAGGAGGGUGGGCAGAAGGUUAUUGAAGGUUUCAAGAAGGAUGGGCAGCAGCUCUAUAGCCCUGCGCCGUACAGGCAUAUUUAGCCAAGUUAAUCAGUAAUAAAAUAGAUAGAUAGAUAUACAGAGAUCGGUUAGCACAACACAAUUCAAAGAUUGCCGGUAGCG